AAUAUUCGCUUGCCUUGUCAUUAAUUUUUCAUUGGAGAAGUGAUGACAUACGUUUUACAAAAAACGCAAAAUAUUUAUUUUGCUAAAUGUUUAAAGUGAAAUAUUCUCUUUUUUGCUAUCAUGAUAUUGUUAGCGAUAUUUUUUCUGUAAAAUUAUUUUAAUUUGUGUUAAAAUGCCGGAAACUUCAGCAGUUAGUGUAGCUAUUUUAGCAGCUUCUUGUAAUAUAAUACUUCAGGUUUUAGUUCGUAUUUUAUCAUCACUUUCCAAUGCAAUUAUAUUCCGUUUCAUCACUAAAGAAGCUCUUGGUGUUAUAAAUGUUCGGUUACUCUUACUUUAUUCAACAUGUCAUUGUUUGAGUCGUGAAGCAUUUCGACGCUCUUGUUUAUCUAGGUUUGAUAAAAAGUCCUUAGAGAAGAAGUUUAAUCUAUUGUGGAUGAUAAUUCCUGUUUGUUUAAUUUGUUCACUCCUGCUGCGGUACAUUUGGUUGAAUGUGUUGGAAGAACCUGAUCCUCAUCUUGUUAAGCACUAUUCUGCUGGUGUGAAUAUCGUUAUCAUUUCAGUCUUGAUUGAAAGCCUUGCAGAACCUCUUUAUGUAUUUAGUCAAAGUAGUCAGUUUAUAAAAUUAAAGGUAGUUCUAGAAGGAACAAUGCUGACUGUGAGGAGCCUUAGUAUGGUUUUAUGUCUAAGCAGAUGGCCAGAACAAGCUAUGUAUUGCUUUUGCUUCAGUCAGGCUUUGAGUUCUGUUGUGUACACAUUGUCAUUUUAUGGUUAUUUUGGAUAUUAUUUAAAUUCCUCUGAGCAAAAGAUUUCUCCUUUAUUAAUUUCAUCUCUACGUGACACUCUUCCCAAAUUUUCCAAGUAUUUUGUGGAAUGGGAAGAUCUUUGUUUGACUUGGAGUUUUUUUAAACAAACUUUAUUGAAACAACUUCUUACAGAAGGUGAGCGCUAUUUGAUGAGUUUUUUCACCCUUCUUUCAUUUGCUGAACAAGGCCUCUAUGAUGUUGUUAACAACUUGGGAUCGCUAGCUGCUCGAUUCAUUUUGUUGCCAAUAGAAGAUAGUGCAUAUUUGCUCUUUACUCAGAUACUGACAAGAGACAGAACUUCCCAGCCUUUGGAAAAUCUGUCUAUGGCACUUACAAUUUUAGGAAGAAUUUUGAAGUUAAUGUUUCUGUUAGGUCUUACAAUCUUAAUGUUUGGUUAUUCCUAUUCCCAACUGCUCCUGUAUAUAUAUGGUGGAACAAAAUUAAGUUCUGGAAUAGGUCUUACUUUGAUGCGAUGGCACUGCUUUUAUGUGUUGCUUCUAGCAAUAAAUGGAAUUUCUGAAGGUUUUAAAUUUGCUGUCAUGGGUCAUUCAGAAAUUGACAGAUAUAAUAAGAGCCUAGUUUGCUUGUCUGUUGGUUUCUUAAUAGCUGGAUAUUGUCUUGUUACAGUUUUUGGGAGUUCAGGAUUCAUUAUGGCAAAUUGUUUAAACAUGUUAUUUAGAAUAGUUCAUAGCUUUCAUUUUAUUCAAGGGUAUUUUCAAGUACCCAAGUACUGGUGGUCUAGAAUUGUUCCUCAUUCAUCUGUGAUACAAGUUUUAAUUGCCAUUACUAUUAUUACAUCCAUUUCUGAGAUGUAUUUGUGCUGUGACAGCAUAUACAAAUGGAUAUGGCAUUUUUUAUUAGGAGCUGCUUGCUUUUUGGCUUUCCUUAGUGUUGUAUGGUAUAAAGAAAAUGAACUAAUUCGUUUUGUUUAUGAACAGUGGAAGAAGAAAGAAUCUACUGAAAGCAAACCUAAAUUAAAUUAGAACAUUGUGAUAUAAAGCGAGAGAAAU